GUGAUUGCAGUGGUGUGCUUUCGGUUCCUUCUACAACCGCUCGAUAUUCAUUCUUCGCGGGUUCGCGCCCGUGGUAACAGUCGGCCGUCGAUCCGUUUCCAACUGCACGUUGCAGCCACAGAAGGGCAGCUUCCGCGACGAGAGGUUUCCGUCCGCAAGCCUACCGACACCACCCACCACGUCCACGGCCAUCCAACGCACGCCAUGAAGUUCGCACUCUUCGCAUUGGUGGCGGCCGGUUGCCUGAUAGCCCUGGCUAAAUCAGCGGAGGAGGAGUACGAUUACGAGGAGGAGCCAGCAGCGCCGGUGACCCCGGCCCCGGCUAGACCAGCUUCCGGAAGACUGGGUGGGCUAUUGUCAUCUUCGAGAGGACGAGUGAACGUCGGGAGAAAACCGACUGGCGGUGCGGGUGCAGCCGCGACGCAAUCGACCACGGCGAAGCCCGUCGAGCAGCCGCUAGAGGAAGAAGAGGGCGAGGAGGAGCUCGAUGAAAAUCAGGACCAGCAAGAAGACGUUCCCACCACCACCACGGAAUCGUCCAAGAAAGUUCGCGGCGGGGUCAGACCUUUCAGAUCGAAUCAGGAUCUGUUGGAUGCGUUGAAGAAGAAGAGAGCUCAGGUCGGGAACAAUCAUCGAGAAUCGUCAGGCAGCCAAUCCGCCUCGGAAUCGACGACGUCCAAACCCAAAUCGACUACGAACGGUCGCAGCAAAAGCAGCACCGCGACGGAAUCGAAGUCGUCGGGACGCGGCAGGUUCGGUGGAACCAGGGGUAGCAAGCCAGUGCAGGAGGAGGUCGAGGAGACCCAACGGGAAGAGGUCCAAGUGAAACCCAAGCCCUAUCGUAGAGGAUAGAUCGUUCGCGGGGAAACGCGAAUUUCCCAGCUUCUUUUAAACCACGCGGAAUAAAUAAAUCGAACGCAGCUACGGCGAUCGAUGCCCCAAUUCGUUGAUAUCCCGUCGAAGCGACACGAAUUUCUUUCCCUCCCACACCACCCCCUCACACGAAUAACGCGGUAAUUACUAGAAACGUCUCUGACCCCCUCGGUCUUCGCGCGAAAAGGCAUUGAAUCGGGAUCGCGUCGAUCGCAACAUCGUUUGCCUUAUCGAAAAGCACUCUCUGAAAAAUACUACAUGUAUAUAGAAGAAGACUCUGCCGCUCACAGAACACUCUCGAGGUACUUGCUGUACAAAUGUAAAUUAA